AUGGCCGCCAGCGACAAUCUCGAGGCCGAUCUGGACAGCAAGCGCCGGUCGGACCAGAACGCUGAUAUCCGGGAACUGAGCAUGGAGGAUGUAGAUGCCGAGAAAAGACUCGUCCGCCGCAUCGACCGGCGCAUGCUUCUGCCCACGGCCAUCAUCUAUCUUUUGUGCUAUCUGGAUAGAUCGAACGUUGGAAAUGCCAAAAUCAUGAACGCCGAGACGGGCGACGCCCUGAUGCAGACCAACAACAUCACCGACCGCGAAUACACAAUCGGCAUGAUGGUCUUCCUGGUCGCCUAUUCCAUCUUCGAAGCCCCCAGCAAUAUCGCUCUCAAGCUGGUCCAGCCGCAUCGCUGGCUCGGUUUCCUGGUCGUCGCGUUCGGCGCCUUCUGCACUGGCAUUGGCUUUACGCAUACAUUCAACGAGUUGGCGGUUCUGCGCUUCUUCCUGGGAGCUGCUGAGGCAGGCGUGUUUCCUGGAAUGAUCUUCUACUUCACCUUCUGGUAUAAACCCAGCGAGCGCGCGAUUCGGAUUGCCUUCUUCAUGUGCAGCGCCACGCUGUCUGGUGCAUUUGGAGGUGCAAUUUCAUACGGUGUUGGGCAUUUGAAUGGCCGUCAGGGCCUGGAGGGCUGGAGAUGGCUGUUCAUCAUCGAGGGCGUACCAAGCAUUGCUGUCGGCCUCCUCGUCUUCGUCUUCAUGCCAAGUUAUCCUGAGAAGGCUGGGUGGUUGUCGCCCGAAGAGAAAGAGCUGCAGGCGCGUCGUCUGGGCCCAUAUCGCUCUUCAGGGGACGACAAAAUCAACUGGCCUGAUGCCAAAGACACGCUCACCUCGAUCCGCCUUUACCUGCACUACAUGACCUACCUGACUAUCGGGUGUGGGGUUGCCUCGAUGGCCUACUUCGCCCCAACCAUCGUCAGCGGACUGGGCUACGAUGGCCUUGAUGCACAGCUGUUCACAGUGCCGCCAUAUGCCGUCGCCUAUCCCAUUACUCUGCUGGCGGCCUGGCUCUCCGAUCACUACAAAGACCGGGGCAUCAUUGCCACCAUCGCCUGUGGCUGCGCAUGCAUCUCAUUCAUCAUCCAGGCUUCCCUUCCUGAAGAUGCCUUCCGUGCUCGGUACGCGUUCCUGAUCAUCGCCACAAGCAGCGUCUUCGCAGGCCUCCCAUCGCUCAACGCCUGGGUUGGCGACAACGUCCGCACCACGACAGCAAACUCGCUCACCAUCGCCUUGAACAUUGCAUUCUCGGGGCCAGGUCAGAUCAUCGGUGUUUGGAUCUACAGGACGCAGGAUGCCCCGGCCUACCGUCUAGGGCACGGAGUCAAUGCGGGCAUGAGCGCCGUUGCUACAGGGCUGGCUCUCUCGUUGGCGUUAUACUACCGUCGACUGAACAAGAAGAUCCAGGGAACUGGUGAGAUACCGUGGGUUACUUAG